UUAAUUUUAGUGUUAAAGGAUUAACAAUUUAAAUACUUGAAAGACAGAAACAAGAGUCCCGUCCAAGCCAGCAUAUGAACUAGCAAGUCAUAAACUACACAGGUGUAAUGUACAGACCCAGAUACCUGCUAACUAGGACUAAUAAAAUAGACACCAAAGCUACAGCACUUGCUCCAGCAGCAAAACGUGGUGGAGAGGUGCAGUUAAGUCACUAAAAUUAGCAGAAGUGAGGACCACCAGCCAGCUGUCAGCUACAGCUGUCUAUAUUGGCACACUGAUCAGUCAAACUGGCCAUGCCCUUAAUGUUAAGGCUUCAAAAAAUAAGAACAGUUGAGUUAAAAAAUUUCACCCAGUACAGUUGUUAAAGGAAGAAAUUAUCUAUUGACAAGCUGUAAACAUCUUUAUUUCUGCUUUAAAGGUGGACAAUUAAACACUAGAGUCAAUGGGGACACAGUUAGAGCAUCUAGUGGACAUUAGAGGAACUGCACGUUGUAGUAUUUUUGUGUUGGCUCAGUGCUUUUGCCCCGUGGUUUUGACAUCUCUCACAUAUGCUUCCCAGAUAUAUUAUUAACUUCUUUUGAAAAAUGAUCUUAUUUUAAAACUGUCUGUAAGGAGUUUUAUUUUAGAUAGUCUCUUUGCUCUUAUUUUGAAAGGUCAGCAGGUGUGUGUAUGUCUGAAAAUAACUGCUACAAUAUCCCAACCAUGCACGGUUACUUUAUUUAAAACAUCAAAGUAAAUGGUCCUGACUGACAGCUUUAUUUUCAGCUCGCUAAUCCCCUGACUUGAGGAGGCCAUUUCUGUCGUGAGCCGAGUGUCGAUCAAACGGCAGCGUGUGGCGCUGCCUCGCCGUGUGGCCAGACUGUACCCGGCCUACGGGCUCUACCUGUACGGAGAGGGUGUCUACGCCCAGGAGACCCGAGCGCUCAAACUCACCGGUGCCCCUGUGCUUUUCCUGCCUGGAAAUGCCGGAAGUUAUAAACAAGCUCGAUCUCUGGGCUCAGUUGCUUUGAGGAAGGCUGAAACCAUGGAGGGAGGUCUCCACUUCAACGUGUUCACUGUGGACUUCAACGAGGAGCUGGUGGCACUUUACGGCGGCAGUUUGCUAAGGCAGACGCAUUUCCUGCACGAGAGCAUCAAGGCCAUCCUGAGGCUGUACAAGCACCUGAAGACCCCACCUCAGAGCGUUGUGCUCGUCGGUCACUCCAUGGGAGGAGUGGUGGCCCGGGCACUGUUCACUUUGCCUCGUUUCAACACCAACCUGGUCAGCCUCAUCAUCACCCAGGCCUCUCCUCACCUGGCUCCAGUGCUGGCCCUGGACCCGUACCUGCUGGAUUUCUACUCUGCAGUCAGACAGAAGUGGGUUAACCAGGCAAACAAGCUCAGGAAUGUCACAGUUUUGUCUGUCGGGGGUGGUUAUCGUGACUAUCAGGUCCGCUCCGGCCUCACUUCCCUGCCGUGUCCUCCAGGAGACCCAAACAAGCUGUCACUGGUGGUGACUGCAGUUCCCAGGACGUGGGUGUCUACUGAUCAUCUGUCUAUUGUCUGGUGCAAGGAGCUUGUUCUUGCCACUGUCAGGGCGUUCUUUGAUCUCAUCGAUCCUGAAACCAGACAGUUCACAGAAAACUCUGAGAAGAAGUUAGCUGUGCUGAACCAUCAUUUCAUUAAACAUCCCGUGAGGUUGCCUGGAGAAACUCAAGAGACACCAGUCUCCAUCUCAGAUCUUCCUGAUGCAUGGAGUGAAGUUAACACACUUCGUCUGGCUUACAGCACACCAAAGGAAGGACAACCCAAGUUCUUCCUGUUUGCCCUGUCGAGUCGCAGGAAAGCCUACAGCCAUUUCUACUGCCGGAGCAACAACCUGGAGAUGACCAGCUGGGUGUACGGCUGUUUGCAAAAAAAUGGCUCAUCAUGUGUGUAUGCAGUGGAUCUGUCUAAGGGAACUGAGCUUUUGCCUCCCUACAAGGUCCUGACUCUGAGGCUCAGUGACUUGUCGUCUUUUACUCAUCUCUUUGUCUCGGCCUCUAACCUCAAUGGCAAGCAGUUCAUGGUGGAAUGUGAGUGGCAAAGAGAAGAAUCUCAGACUCUGUCUGUCGCAGUGCCGCAUGUCCUGUCCUUUGGUUUGACCUCGAGUGAUGUUACCGUUAACUCCUCUGGACUUCUUCACACCAUCGAGCUGCAACACUUUCACCAGGUCUAUCAGGCUUUCAGAAUUAAUGUUGCAAGCCAGUGCAAAGUACAGAAAGACAGAUUGCCGAGCGUGUACAGGAUAAAAGUGCCAUGGUUUCGAGAGGACUCUUUAACCACGGUCAGCGUGCCAUCAGUGACGGAGAUCUCAGGGAUGCUCCACACAAGUCGUCCAGACAACACCUCAGGUGCACUCCUGCAGCUCCACACUGCCCCCAACUGCCAGUAUAAGGUCUCCAUAAGAACUUCGUUACCCAGGGUGCUCGGACAGAUACUGAGGUUCUGUGGUCACAUGGUACCAGUGUACACAGCUGUAACCCUCCUUCUGGCCUGUGGGGGGCAGGUGUCCUCCAUCCUGAAGUCUAGGCGAGCUGCAGACAUGAGUCAGAUGGUGGGCAAAGGCCUGCAGCCCCACAAAGUCAACCUGCCUGUGUAUAUUCUGCACAUCGCACUCAGCUGUAGCUGCUUUCAGGAGGUCUGGUCCAUGCUUUUCCUCCCCUCUAUGGACACACUCCCUCCAACCUUCCCUGAUGUGGCAUUUCAUGAAGAGGAGGCACCAGGUGAAGAAUGGGUUCACCUCCUCUCCCCUCUGCUGUAUAUUUUUGGGGCAGCUGUGGCGUACUGGGGCAGCACUCUACUCAGACUCGUUAUCCGGCUGAUCUCGUUGGUCUUGGCUCCAUUGCACAGGCCGUCUGUCUCCAGAGACUGUGGCACCCUGCGGCUGCGAACCCAGCUCCUCAUCACGCUGUGUCUGACUGUUAUGGGUGGGACUUCCUGUGGGGCGUUGUCGAUAUUUGCCUCGUUCCUGUUCCACCUUUAUAGGGUUCUGAGGCUGCAGAUGACAGAAAGAUCUUUGAGACACAUGUUGAAUCUGGCUCCCCGGAAGCACAAAGAAGCUGAGAAUGGCACGAUCGAUCCCGAAUGCUUGAGCAGGUCUAAAGAAAGCAGCGGCGCCCCCUUGCUGUCGGAAUGUGCCCUGCAGGAGGUGAGGGAUGACCUGCAGCUCCACCUCUGCCUGUCGGCACUUUUCACGCUGCCCGUCAUGCUCAGCGGUCCCUCGCUCAUCCACUGGAUCCGUAACCUGAGGUAUUCCACCCAGCUGAAUCCCGACCCAUGCUGGCCAUACAUCGUGCCUCUAAUUUUUGUCUACAUGCUGCUUAUCAACUGCAACACUUUAAAGCUCAGCAACAGUAAACUUCUGCCUCUGACCUCCUGCCUCCCUCUCCCCUUGGCCAUCAUCAUGGUGACUUUCUCUCCUCUUCACCUCUACAGAAUCACCUACUUCCUGUUGGCGUCACUCAUCCCGCUGGCCUUGUGCUGUCUCCUCUGACAGCACCGGGCUGGUUUCAGUCUCCAUCUCCACCAUAACAUGCCUCUUCUUAAGUCGCAGCCUGACUCUCUGAGGCUGGUUGAGGACUUUCUGUACCGGGCUGCUAUGGAGCGGAGCCAUAGACAUACAUAGCCUGGUUAACUUCCUGCUCACUGUUAGCACUAAAGGCUCCGUGGUGAUUACGCAGGGCGUUUUGAAAAGAGAGGGUGUAAUGGCCUCGGAGCAUUUGGUGCAAAUAUGGCUCUGUUGGAUUGUCCUGAAACCAUGUUUGCCUUACUCUGUAUAUCUAUAGCUCUGCCUUCAGGGAGCGCCAGCUCCACAACCAGUGAAGCUUCUGAUAUGAGAGACUGUGGACAGGGUGUUACUGUUAUAACAUGAUGUUGUUUCUGGUGUCAACAGUGGCGUUGUUCACUGUGGUCACUGUGCUGUAAACUCUUACACUGCCUACUGCUUAGCAACGACUUACAGCUCUAACUGUUACCUGCUCACUGUCGUAGUACCUCCUCUAAACCAGAGGCAGAGUAUUACAUUUAUUCCGUUAGAGAAGUCCAAAGCAGGCGUGUUUACGUUCUCACUUAUUUGAUGCACAAUAUUGACGGCGGCUGCAAAAUGAAGGGUUGCACUGAGGAAGGCUUGUGUACGCGUGCAGGUUUGGGGGCGUCUUGUUAUCCAGAAGAAUUUUCACUGGAUUUUCAAAUAUAUGGAGGAUCGAAACUGCUAAAAUAAUAAAUGUGUAAAUCUGUAACUGAAUUAAAAUUAUAUUAAAUGCCUAAAACGAAUAUAACGCACAUACACAUUAAUUUAUAACAAAGUAAAUAGAAAUUUCUAUUUUAAUUUCCCAUAUCGUAUUUUUUCCAAUUUCCCAUUACCCUUUUACGCCUGAUGGGGUGUUGCUGUCACACCACGAGGCAAGCAGGCAAUGUGGACACUCAAGUUUGUGAAUACGACAUAUGAUACUGAAACCGAUACCAUAGAUUGCCUACUGAAAAUGUCGGACAAGUUCGAAUCUCAGUGAGCUCGAACUCGAGGUCAGAAGUCAACUGUUCUACAUAUUCAUUAUUAUAUUUUGCUUUAAUUUUGGCAGUUUCAGUCCUCUGUAGAACAAAUUUAUCCCUGCAUGAGUCAGAUUGUUUGGGGGGGGGGGUUGUUUGUUUUUGUUUUUUUGCUUUUUAAAAAAACAAAAAAAACAAAACAAUAUUACAUGACAUUUUGAGAAGGAAGUGAGCACUUUAAAGGCAUCGCUGUAAAACGUGUUCAGAAAUCUCUGUGUGCCAAACUGCCUGUAAUCCUGUUGAUGGGUUAAAAGUAAGUUAGACCAAAAUGCCAAGGUGUUUGAAAGACGAAUGCUAAGCAGAAAAAAAUUAGCAUUUUAAGGUGGAACAAAUCCUAAAUAUUUCAUUAUGGACAUACAAUCACAUGUUCAUUCUAUAUCAGGUGUGGUUGUUGGUGUUUUGAGGUGAAGGCAGUGUGUUGUUUCUGUGUACGUUCUCUGUGAUAUCUGGGUCUUGAAUCCUGGGAUUGGAAGUAGAAUUUGCUUUUUGCUGGUGUUGGGUUUAGUAUUUAUCUUAUGUUUGAGUGUUGGUUGAAAUUUUGUUUUUUGUUUUUUUCAUUUCAUAUUUGAAACGUAAAAAAAAAGAUAACAUAAAAGAACUUGUGGAUUUGGGUUUUAACAAUUUAACAAGGAGAGGAUAGACUUGUUUUGUUUGUUGCACUGUCAGCGAAAAAAAUCAAACCAACCCCACGUUAUUUAUCUUGGCACCUCCUGACUUCCAUAUUUCAGAACAAACCCUUCAGCUUCCUGCUGAAGAUGUAAAUAUUCUAAAACUGCUCACAAAAAGUUUAUUAUCAUUAAUGUUGGUGUGAACCAGAUGUAAAUGGUGCAUUGAUUUGGGACUAUUUUCAGUUGCGGAUUAUUACAAAUUUAAUGCUCUAGUUACUUCCUCCAGCAGCUGCACAGAGUGUGAAGUAGAAUACAAUGGAUACGGGUUGAAAAUAUGAAUGAAGUGAGACCUUUUACAAGAAAUAUGACGGAAAUAAAACUUUUGUUUUAAUGAGGAGUUUCUCAAAGAAGAGAGAGCAUCUGAUAUGUUGAAGCUUUUGAAUGGAAAGAGUCAUAGAGAAAAAUUCUGCUGCCACAAUUACUUCAAACUGUUAUCAUUGUGUGUGUGUGUGUGUGUGUGUGUGUGUGUGUGUGUGUGUGUGUGUGUGUGUGUGUGUUUGAGUGCUGUUAUAACAUGUAGGCCUGACUUUUUGUUGCCUUUUUGUUCAAUUUUUGUUGCCAAAUUUACAUUUUUAAGCCAGUUUCACUCACACUCGUUUGACCUUAAAUCACUUUAAUCAGUUAAAAUGUUUUUUGUGUGAUAAAUAUGUGGGUGUUGUGCUCUAAGAUUACUUAACAAAAAAGGGAAACAAGUUGUCAAACAUUAUUUUGGCUGCUGGCCAAAACAUAUUCAAGUUCGAAAUGGGGUAAUGUGUCUAAAAUUGGCUGUAAUUCCUCAAUAGCUUGGAGAUUACUUUUAUUCAGCCCCUCAAGUUAAAGCAGAGAGACUCUACUUUAAGCCUGUAGUCACUAUGUCACUCUAACUUGAAUAUGUUUUAUUCAGUAACUAAAAUAAAUCAACUUCAAGCAUAUAAGAAGCUAGCUCUGAGAGUUCAGUUUUGUAUUUCAUGUCAUGCCUUUCUCUCUGGAAAAUUAUGAAGGACCAAAAAUGCUGAAAUAAUAAAUUCAUAAACAAAUAAGAUAUAAAAUGCAUUAAAAGUAAUACAUAAAAAUUAACAUAAGUAUUACUUAAUUUAUGGCACAUUUUAUAACAUUGACUUUUUUUAUUUUUAACUUGUGAUUUAAUCUUCCAUUGUUAUUAGUUUGUAGUUAAGUUGUGUGUUUGGAGGCAAAAAGGAAAAUUAUCUGAAUGACAGCGCCAUCAUUGUUGUGAAGAAAAAAAUCAGCUUUAGCUAAAUAAAGAUGAAAUGAAGAAACACGUUUGUGGAGAUAAAGGGAAGGAAAAAAUUUAAUGGAAAUAAAUAAAUACUAUAUAAUUGCAAUUAUGGGAAACAAUACGGUGACAAAUAUGUUGCUUGUUUUUCAUUAAUUGAGUUGUACAACUUUACUUUUUUAUUCUUUAUAAUUUGAUCUUUAUUCAUUUCCUUGUUGUACAUGAAUUUUGACAGCUUCAGUCCUCCGUACUAACAGUGUCUUAUUUUAUUUCUGUCUUACGUCCUGCUGCUGCUGCUGUGCCUUUUUGCUUUCUUGUGUAAGCAGCAGUUUGUGUUCAGAUCUCAGCAGCUUUGUGCUGGCUGAAGCCCUACAUUGAAUGUAAAGCAUAUUUCACUCCUUUGUGUCCACUCGCAAAGCUCCUAUGUUUUCUUUACAUUUUAUUUAAAAUGUGGGACUCUGUAGUAACUAAAUACUAAAGAUUUAGGGACCAAUCGAGCUCACAGUCAGAAGUCGACACGCUCUGCAGAAACCGCUGUUCCCAAUGUGAAUGUACCUGCACUGAAUGUCUCUGUGUGUUUGAGUUUAUACAGUGGUGUAAGUGUUCAGCUUUUCUCUGCACUUGUGCGUUUUUGGUAUAGUUUUAGUGCUUUGAGAUGCACAUCGUCUGCCUCGCUGUGAAUCGGUGGCAAACACAACUUUGUAGAACAAAUUAGUAGCGAUGAGAGUUAUGUUUUCUAUAAAUAGACUUGUGACUUGUAUCGGUGUUCACUGUGAUCACGUCCUUCCACAUGCACUCUCGCACCGAGUAAUCCACACACAGACAACUGCUGUUCUGGGGACAUUUUGCUAUUUCAAAUUUGGUGGGUUUUGUGUUUUUUAAAAAUGUGAUGAAGCUCUUGGAAAACAUUCAACAUAAAGUUAAAACAUUUGGAUUGAAAUAAAGCAGGAAAUCAAAUUCUCAUUUUCUUUUGUUCUAUCUUGAAAUGCUGUCACUUGAAACCAGUGUGCCAAACUGAUGCAUUCUCUUUGUAGAGCAUCUGUCACAUAUAUGAAUGUGCAGCAUGGCUUCGGUUCAGGUAAAAGGACCUUUGCAUAGAAGGGCACGUUAUUCCUCCAAAUCCCUCUGUGAAAGCCUCCAGAAAAAAAACCCCUCAAUUUGUGUAAAUUGCAUAAAAUAGGCGCAAGAAUUGCUGCCACAAUGUCUCCUAUCAUAGCCAAAAUCGGCAGUUAAAGUGGACCUUUUCUUAUUUCCAACUUCAUAUUUUUUAUUCUUGGACUCCUCUAAAGCAGCUUUGCAUGAUUUACAGUUCAAAGUAAUUCUUCUUUAUCUUACACUGGGCCAGUUUUAACUCCUCUCCCUUUAAGGCCCUCAUUAGCAACAGAUUUGAAAAAGCAGGUAGGUGGUUCUUCUAUGUCCCCAAAUUUGGGAUAUCCCCUCUUUAUGAUGUCAUACAGCUGCAAACUUGGAAAAAAAACUGUCUGAAAGUGUUCUGAGCAGUCUUAAGAUGGUAUUUUCAGAGAACAGGGAUUAUCUCUUUAUUUGAAAGUUUCAUCAUGCUUGGUAUGAAAGGCCAAAUAGAAAAUACAGGAAAGCAGAAUAGAGUUUAUAACAUCCUAAAUGUCAACCUGUUCAAAUUUGUGUGAACAACUAAAAAUAUGAGCUGUUGUUUUUUGUUUUGUUUUUUUUGUCAUCCAGCUAUUGACACAUUUCUCUCAUAUUUAACAGGAUUACUUUCUUCCAGGGUUCCAGUCAGCAGCUUGACCUCUCCUCUUCCUCUUAUCUGCUUUUUCCUAAUUGCAUUACACUUGGUAAUCUUCCAGCUUCUCCUGCUUUCUGAGCAUCAUUUAUUUUAAUGUUUGGAGUGCUGGUAGCUGCUUACAGGAGCUUGUGCCUGCUGAUUGUUGGGAACGAGUUCAUGACCCUUUCAUGAACUUUUGAAAAUGGCAUCACCCCAACCUUUCAUUAGGUCUCUAAAGAUGCUCAUUGAGGUUUGAAACAUUAGUAAAAGUUAAAUAGAGGUCAAGUCUUUUGCAAGGUGUAGUUUUCAUUGUCCAGAAAGAUUUGUUAUAAUUUCAGUUUCAGACAUCAAUUGUCUUCUUGCUGAGCUGAACCACAGUAAGAGAAGUUUUCACCAGACUACUGCAUCCCACUGCAUCUUUCUUUCUUUUUUUUUAAUGAGCUUGCUUCUCUGGCUCCCAAGGUGACACUCACUCUGAUCUCUGGAAACAUCCUUUGUGCAGCUGCCAAAACUCGAGCUGCUUUUACCCCUGAAAACAGACUAGAGGCUUCAAGAUGUCACAGUAAUUUAAAGUCUUAAAAUCAGCCAUUUUACUGGUACUUACUGUAAAUUCAAGUGUUAAACGUUAUCAGUAUUUGCAGAAACUUUGAUUUUAUCUGUAUUGUGCUGAAGAGAUAUGAAGUGAAGCCGAACUGUGGCCUGGCUGUACUUUCAUGUAUGUACCAAAAGAUGGAGCAGCGAGUUAGUGUAACCUUGCAUUUAAUCAAUAAAAAGCACGUUCCUAUUUACAGUGGCAGCCAAGGAAAAGGCUGGUAAACUGCUGCCCCCUGGUGGUGAAAGUUUUAGUCGCAUUUCCCAGAACAAACACAAAAACCUUUAAACGACACACAUCCUUGAUCUCUUUUUUGCUGUUAAGUGACAGCCAAAGAAACAAUAUCAGAGACAGCUGAUUGCUUUUAUUCAUAAUCAUCUUCUGUACAAACUUGUGAUGUUUAACAGUGUUUACCUGGUGAUAUGAAAUGUUCUUACUGCAGUCUAUAAGUGCUUUACAGUUCAGUGGUUCCACUUAUCUUGCUUCUGCCUACAGUGACUUUAAUACCUGUAACCUCCUGCUAGCUGGUCCUCGUUGUGCAGAACUAGUUAGUCCUCUAACACGUGCUCAUACAUCAGGCAGUUGGAAACGUCUUGUUUUGUUUAUUCACGUUUUCUGAAGAGGCUCUGGCGUGGACGAGUAUUUAAUCCUCAGGUUUCUGUGUCGGUGUGUCAAAAUCAGUCGCUUUGAUGUUUUUAUAUCUCUCACAUUUUUAUCUGAUGUGACUGUAAAUGAGCAAACUGUGCAAUUUUUUUGGCACUGUUGUUGUUGGAAUAAAACCGUGAAAAUGAC